GUACAAAACAGUGCGCUGACAGACUUGGUAUGCUAGUGUAAUGAGAGGACUUAUAAGAUAAAGGCACAAGUUAAAUUCAGAAAUACAGACGACCAAAACAAAGUUGUUGCUGAUCAGCAUAGGCAUUGGGGGACAUUUAAGUGAGAAGACGCUGUUUUUUGCAAACACAGGAAUGAGUGCUGCCAAAGUCAUGCCAGUGGACCUGGCCGUGCAUAUGUGCCUGAAUCGCCAGCCUUCAGUGGAACAACUUUUGGGAAUGUCAACGCUUAGAUCCCAUCGUGCUCUUACUAGACCUAGCAUAUAUGAUACCCUGCGGUCCAAAGCUUCUAGAUCCCCCCAGAUUCCUGAAUCUCCAGUGAGAGCUCAAAACUGUACGAGUCCUUGUGGGACACUGAAGAAGAAAAAACGAGUGGUAUUCGCAGAUGAUAAAGGACUGGCCCUCACUGCAGUCCGGAUCUUCGAUUCAGAUCCACCAAUAUCCGAUGAAGAGGAGCUUUCUCCACCUGUCAAGCAAAAGACUGAUUUGUCUGUGCAAAGCAAGAAGCCUCGUCUCCGGUUGGGGUUCCCUCAGCCUUCUGCUGAUUUACCAUCAUUCCUGGAAAAACUGGCAAAAACUCUGGUGCAUCUGGAGAGCUGCAGUUUGGUGUAUGGAUCACUGUUCGGAAAGGUGAGGGUCUGCAAUAUCAGUCCAGAGAAAGCUGUGCAUAUUCGCAUCACGUACGACUCAUGGAGGAGCCACCAGGAUAUCCCAUGUACCCCUAUCCAACAGAAGAAUGAGAAUUCAGACACAGAACUGUUUUUCUUUAACGUUCCCGUCCCUUCCUGUCCUAACAUACAGGAUCGUCUGGAAUUCUGCGUGUCCUUCCGUCCUGGAUCUGGCAACAAACUUUGGUGGGACAGCAAUGAUGGACGAAACUAUCGAAUCCUUGUGGAGGACGUGAACUCAGAAGAAGCAUCCUCGGUCGAGAAAAAACCCUUGAGGCCCCAGAUCUUUCAAAGUCCCCAAUCAGUGCCCCUGAGAAAUGGUCCAACUUUAUAUAAGUCAGCAAAUUUUAGCUCACUCAUUUCCCCCAUGAAUAUGAUGAAGACCAUGAGUAGGCAAUAGAACAUUAUCCCUAAAAUUAAUUCACCCUCUUAUUCUAACAAUGCUGACAAAUAAUUCUAGCAUGAGUGGUGGGUUUUGUGUAUAUUGGUCCAUUAUCAUCUUCAUCGUCCUCCAUGUUGGAUGAAUUUUGCCUUAAACAGACAUCAAGAAGGAGCAAAAAGACUGAAAGACACCCAUGCUUGUGCUAGUUCUCUCCACUGCAACUCGCCCAUUUGAGUCAGUGACAAGUCAGUGGUGAAAGAGUGAGACAGAUGUGUCUCUCUAGAGCUUUGUGCACCUGUAUAUCAGAUGAGUAUCUGUUAUGAAAACAAGCAUCAGCACUUUUUCAUCAAGGUCAGCCAAUUUCAAGCUGUGAGGGUCUUUCACUGCUUGUGAGAUAGUUGUACUAAGACAGAUAAUUAAUGAAGCUGUAUGUGUGAAAUGCAUGUAAUAUAACUGUUUCAAUGUUAUUUAUGUAUAUUUAUUUAUGACAAAUGAAUAUUAUAAGCACAAAUAAAUGUGUAUUUAUUAAACUAUACUAUAUAUUAUGCUUCCAUACUAUGUUAUUCUAUACUGUAUUAUGCUAAGAUAUUUUAUACAAUGCCUUGCUAUGUGAUUCAAUAAUAUAUAGUAUAUGUCCAAAAGUUUGGGGACACAUGACCAUCACAGUGAUAUGUGCUUUUUGAUCAUCCCAUUUCAGAUUUAGUCACACUUUGCUGUUAUAAUAACCUACACUCUUCUGGGAAGGCUUUCCACUAAAUUGUGGAGCAUGGCUGUGGGGAUUUUUCCUUUCAGCCACAAGGGCAUUAGUGAGGUCAGGCACUGAUGUCGGGUGAGGAGGUCUGGGGUGUAGUCAGAGUUCCUGUUUAUCCCUGUCACGUUACAAAUUUGAAUUCGGAAGCAAGCGCAGAUCUUCAAACAGUUUAAUAAACAAACAAACAACCAAACAAAGACACCAAGACAACUAGGCAAAAUACUGUGGCUAAGGCUAAACAUAAACUAUGAAAUAAAACAUGGUACAGGGACAAAGGUCAAGAUAGACAAUACGUAAGACGAGGAA